AUGGUUUUGUUUGCUUUUGGAGUCAAGAGAAAGAAUUCUUGUCUUUGGAAUUUCGACACUAACGAAUAUAAAGAAUUACCCAAAUCGCGGAAUAAACCAGUGGAUCGAAUUAUUUCUUCAUAUGCUUUUGGUUAUGAUUACAGUUCUGGGGAUUACAAAGUGAUAUGCUUGUUUUCUAUGGGCGAUAUUUCUUUAGUUGAUGUCUAUAAGAUGGGACCAAAUUCAUGGAAAAGCACUCAAGUUAUCCCUUAUGUGAUGGAUACGCAGGUAGAGUCUGGAAUGCUAGUUAAUGGAUUUUUUCAUUGGCUAGGUCACAGGAUUGACAAUUUCUCUGAUGUUAUAAUCUCUUUGGAUAUCAGCAUUGAGAGAUUCCAAGUACUGCAACCACCAAACAUACAUUUAGUGAAACGGUGGUUGAGUGUUGGAGUGUUGAAAGAGUGCCUUUGUGUACUUGAUAAUUGUGGUGUUAAUGUUGAAGUAUGGGUGAUGCAGGAUUAUGGAGUUCAAGAAUCUUGGACCAGACAUUAUACUAUAACCCAUGAGAGAAUUCUGUAUGACCAUACUUUGAGGCUAAUGUGGUCUUUCAGCAGUGCUGAGGUUCUAUUCGUGAGUGGUGGUUCUUAUCUUACUGAUUUGGUUUUGUUUGACCCCAAGGAUGGAAGUGCUAGAAAACCAAAUAUGCAUGUAGAGAACCAAGUAUUCACAUUUCCGAAGGCGAUGAGUACAAUUAUCUUGAAAGCUUAG